AUGAAGAUUAUUUUUGCUCUUUUUGUCUUGAUGACUGUUGCUUUUUCGAGUGCUCACUACAUGUGUGGUCCAAACUUCUGUAAUCCAAAUUACAGUUGUGUUUUUGACGGACACAAUCACGGAUGUAUCUACGGAUGUGGUGAAAUGGUCACCCUUACCCAACACGUUGUCAAGGAAUGGAAUGUUGACUCACAACACUACGUCCAGGUCGAAGUCUCCAUUACCAACCACGGACCACACAAUGUCAACAAUGUCGUAAUUGGUGCUGCUGACGGUACUUUGAACUUGAGAGAUCAAACCAGUGGUUCAAUCUGGAACAUCCAAUGUCUCAGCUCCAAUGACUUCACUCUCCCAUCUGCCACCCCAACCAUCAACGUCGGUCAAACCUUCAAAUUCGGUUACAUUAACAAGAACUGUAUGGCCAACCUCUACAUUAAGAACAUUCAUUACUGUUAA